UGAAUAUUGAAUAACAAAAUCUUAAGCGCGUCGUAAACUCAUAAAAUUGUGAUUGUGUAAAGUUUAAUAGUGAGCUAUUAAAGUUGUAACUUGUAAGUUAUUACUAUAUUAAAUUUUAACCUACAACAAAACAGACUUUUUUCUUCCUUCCUCUUUAGAACUUCUGACAUAACAAUUUUGAACCUGUGUCCACUGACAGUACUUAUCCAGUUUUGUACAAAUGGCAUAUAAAAUUGUUGAAUUUAAUGAUGGUCUUCAAAUUGUACCAAAUAAUUGGCUAUCAAGUGACGGAUCUACAAGCUAUUGGCCACCCUCUAAUUAUAGCCAAAUAAAAGUAAACAAGUUAAUAGCAACUGACUGUGAACCAAAUACUGAAACAUGGUCUACACAUUCAAUUCUUCGAAUUGUUGGUUCUUCAGAUAGUUAUGAAAAUGGUAUGUUUAAACUUAAACAAGCUCAGGAUUAUUCAGAUGUGGAAACUGGCUCGGAAUUAAAUUCCAAAAAGCGAUCUAGACAUAAAAGCUCAUUAAUGAAAGCUCGUAAAAAAUCUUUCAAUGUGCCUUGCGAUCAUUACAUUUGGCAAAAAUCAAUUUCAAAAAAACUAUCAAAAAUUACAUUAAAAAUAGAAUCAUUACAAAAACAAAAUGAUGAAAUAAAAACAAUGUUGGAAAAUUUCAUAAAGCAACGUACUAACUCUAAUAGUUAUGGUCUCUCAGACGAUGAACUAAAUGAAUUAAAUAUUGGAUUCCCAUUAUCUGACGAAAUUCAACUUUUGGAAAUAGAAAGUAUGAUGUCAAAUGAUAAAGAGUUUUAUUCAAAAAUGGUUAUAACAUUAAAAGCCCUAGGCGGUUCAGACUUUACUGCUAUAGUUAAUACUAUACUAGCAAGACUGAUGACCAAUUGUUUAGCUUUAAGAUAUAGUUUUGCUGGAAAGCGUAAAAAAAUAUCUUUCAAGGAAACUUUCCCUACAAUUUUAAAGACCAUUAUAAAUGUUGUACGAUUUCAUAAACCAACAUCUACACAUAAACAAAUUCACGAUCAAAUUGGUAGGUGGUUGGUCCAUGCCCAAUUAAGAAAAACUCGACAAGAAACAAAGUAAAUUAAUUUUUUAUCAACAAUAAAUUAUGAAAUUCUACUUUGGGUGGUUAAAAGUAAAAAUAUUUCAGUAAUUUUUGUUUUUUUAUAUUAAUGUUAAUAAAAAAAAAAAAACUGUCAAGUCAAAAUAUUUGAAAAAUUAAACAAUGCUUUUCGUAAGAUAUUAUAAUAGUAGUUGAAAGAUAUUAAUGAUCCAUGGGCACAAUUAUUUUUUAAGUAUUUAAAAUUCAAAUUUUGUGAAAUAUUUUUUACUUAUCAACUAAUUUAUGUUGAACCACAUUAUUAUUAUAUAUUUGGUUGUUUUAUUAGUAACAUCUAAAAAACAUGUGAAAUAUAAAUUAAGCUUGUUAAAAAAAUCCUUUUUAUCACAAAGUUCAUUCUAUACAUUUUAAAUUAAAAGUCCAAAGUAUUAUACAUAGAUACUUACAAAUUAGAUUUACGAGUAUUUUAAGAGUUGUUCGUAAAAUAAAUAUAAUUUGAAAUA